AUGUCUCUCUAUCAAAUAAAAUCAGAGGCGUUAAAACCUUUCAGAGAUCUUCAGAAUCAUCAGUUGCAUGCUUCUAACAGUAAAAUCGGCUCGAAAUCAUCAUUUUCCAUUUUGCCAUCUACUGCUGUUUUUUUAUUGAUCCAAGGAGGGCUCACUCUUCUUCUACAGUACUUUACUGUUGAAUUAAUCUUCCUUCUGCCAAGAUACCAAUUCUCGUUGUUUGGACUCGUCUGCGGAUUUUACAUGCAGGUUAAUAUGGAAGUAGGAAAUAGAUUUUUAAUCUUUUUUUCCACCCUUUGUUUAUGUGGUGGUGAAUACAACAAGGAUGAGUGGCACCUGCUGUUCAAUGAACCAUGGAAAUCCACAUCACUCACAGAUUUCUGGUCAAAACGUUGGCAUCAAAUAUUUAGAGAAAUCUGGGUUUCCUUGGCGUAUAGACCGUUGCGAAGUUUAAUGCGGAACAAAUUUGGUCCAUCGUUAGGUGUUUUUGUUCUCAGUGGAAUAAUGCACGAGUACGUUAUUUGGACUGCGUUAUAUCCUUUUUGGACUCCCGGAGAGCAAUUCCUAUUCUUCAUGUUACAAGCAGCCGGUGUAAUUCUUGAAAAAUUACUUGGCCAGAGUAAAUUAAUUCCACAUAACAUGAUUUUAAGCUGCUUGGGCUGGUUUUGGACAUUUGGAUUCUUGUAUUUCACCAUUCCCUACUUUCUAAACCCGUAUAUUAAAGGCAAGCCUUG